UAAUCUAUUGUGUACCUACAGAAUGAAAUGGGCUGUGAAUCCCUUUUCUAAAAUUUGUUAAAUAUAAGGUUUAUAGAUGGAAAAUUUUUCGAAAGUAGAAAAAAUUGGUGAGGGCACGUAUGGAGUCGUUUACAAAGCCAAGGAUAGACUGACUGGAAAUGAAAUAGCACUCAAGAAAAUAAAACUAGAGAAUGAGCCGGAGGGCGUGCCGUCGACGGCGCUGCGCGAGAUCUCGGUGCUGCGCGAGCUGCGCCACCCCGCCGUCGUGCGGCUGCUCGACGUACUGCUCGCCGACAGCAAGCUGUUCCUGGUCUUUGAAUUUCUCCACAUGGAUCUGAAGCGGCUGAUGGACAUCAGCAAGGGACCACUUCGCCUCGACCUCGUGAAGAGCUACGUGCGCCAGUUGCUGGAGGGGGUGGCGUACUGCCACGCGGCGCGCGUGCUGCACCGCGACCUGAAGCCGCAGAACCUGCUGGUGGACGCGGAGGGCCACAUCAAGCUCGCCGACUUCGGGCUGGCGCGCGCCUUCGGCAUCCCCGUGCGCGCCUACACGCACGAGGUCGUCACUCUGUGGUACCGCGCGCCCGAGAUACUGCUCGGCGCCAAGUUCUACUCCACCGCCGUCGACGUCUGGAGUCUCGCCUGCAUCUUCGCUGAGAUGGCGAGCGGGCGCACGCUGUUCCCGGGCGACAGCGAGAUCGACCAGCUGUUCCGCGUGUUCCGCGCGCUGGGCACGCCGGGGCAGCGCGUGUGGGCGGGCGCGCGCCGCCUGCCGGAGUACCGCGCCGCGUUCCCGCGCUGGCCGGCGCGGCCGGCGCGCGCGCUGCUGCCCGACGCGCUGCGGCGCGACGCGGCGGCCGCGGCGCUCUUCGAGGCCAUGCUGCGCUACGAGCCGGCCGAGCGCGUCCCGGCGCGCGCCGCGCUGGCGCACGCCUACCUCGCCGACGCGCGCCUCACGCCGCCCGACCUGCCGCCGUCCGCGCGCCGCUAA